AUGACAGGUACAAAAUUCUGGGCAUUGGCGGCAGUUUUGUUUCUGGCGUUCUGUUCUAUGCUCACCGGCAGCACAACCCUUCUCCGGUCCGUUGGAAACCUCAACCGAAGAUCCGACAUCAUCGACUAUCCCCCCACCGACGAUCUUGAUGUUCUUGACGCUUUUGUGGCAGCAUAUGAGGACUUAACCAUUGAGUUCCCCGAAGUUCAGGAGGCAGCCAUUUCAGAGAUUGCUAGGAUGUCUGUGGGCUACAUUGAGCUCGAGCCCCCUCAUCUCCAUACGUUGGUCAGUACGAUUCCUAUAUUUGAUUUUAAGUUUUUUUGCUUUGAUAGGAUUCCAUUAGAGCAAAUAUGGACUUAG